GGGAGGCUUGGCGUAGAAAUAUUGAUAAUUGUGUUCCAUAAUUGCAUGAAAAUUAUUUGUACAGAAGAUCAACAUGAACUAAAUAAGAUCAAUUGCUUAAGAGAAUUAUAUGAAAAACAACAACUAACCACUAAUCUAGACUAUCGUAUUAUCUAAUGCGGUGGAUGUUUCGAAUAAUCGAAUUGAGAUGGAGUGAGCGUAGUGUUUUGUUUCUUUAGGGGGGCAGUCUCGGGAAGACAAGAAAAUUAAAAAAAAUAUAAAUAUCGCUCUUGGCCUAAUGAUAAGCACGACUAAACCUUGACAAUGAUGUUCUCAGAUGUUUAAAAAAACAAACCAUUGGAGAAGUCUCAUAAUUUACCUUGUACCCCCCAUGCAAACAGCCUGUACAGCUUAUGGUCUUUCAAACCCAUCGAAUCUACGAAUUUGACAGCCAGUCAACAUCCAUACGUUUAUCAAGUCGCGACCUUUGACACGGACAAUCGACUGUCUAUCCCCCUCAUUAGGAGCUUCUUUGAGAGCUUCCCGACCGUGCCUCUGGAGACCCGACGCCGUGGCGAGAGAAGUCUAAUAUGGGUGACCAUGUGCUCUGCAUACGGGGCGUGCAAUGACGCAAGAGCAGGGAGCUCAUUUUACUUGUCGGCAUGGGAUAGCCGCAACAUAUCAGAGCUGGACCCCGUCUUUGGGAAAGAUCUUGCACAGCUUGGAAACUUUGUUCACAACGAUGGUACUAUCACCACAGCCUUUUACACCAAGUAUCUGCUGAUGAAAUAUAUAUUCAGGAACAAAGACAAAUACAAGGCGUCUGAGAAGGACUACGUCGUACUUCAGGCACUCAAAAGGGUAUCGGGAAAGAUACGACACUAUAUUGAUUCUCUUCAUGUCAGUGGACUGCUUGACUAUGCAACAAAGAUUCUUUCCAAACCUUUUAAUUAUUCUACAACGAUUUAG